UUGGCUUCAAAAGUGAAUUCGAUCAAGCAGUUUUGUGCGGAUCUCGCAGACAGAGGCCUUAUUGCCAGCUUACAUCCCGCUUAUCUCUCCAACAGUGAUUUCGCCGCUGCAUCAGCUCUUCCGGACGUCGUUUAUGCAGGUUUCGAUCCCACGGCACCCAGCUUGCAUUUCGGUCAUCUGAUCGUACUGGCUAACUUAUUUCGAGCCACUUUGCACGGUUGCCAUGCGAUUGCUCUGGUCGGCCGGGCGACAGCUCGUGUCGGUGAUCCGAGUGGUCACACCUCAGAUCGUUUGGUUGCUCCAGAAGAAGUAGUUGAUGAAAACGCCAAUGAAAUGAAAUCAGUGUUGGAGAAUUUAUGCAAUAAUUUUACGAGUGAUUAUGCUGAGGCGAGGGGAAGACUGUUGGUUGUUGAUAAUGCUGAUUGGCAUCUCAAGAUGAGCUCGCUUCAGUUUCUGGAUAUCUGUCGGAAUUUUCGCGUUGGUGAAAUGCUCAGAAUGGGAACGGUAAAGGCACGUAUGCGAAGUGGAGUGGGUCUCUCGUGCGCUGAAUUUUUGUACCAGAUAUUUCAGUCGUACGAUUGGUAUCGCCUUUCACGCGACUACAAUUGUUAUUUCCAGGUGAGAGCAUAA